AUGAGCAGAGCUCGCUAUGGUCCUUACUUCUCGCAAGGAGUGUACGGCAGUGCGAGUGUGUGGAAGAUGCUCACAGACCUCUUCGACUACUUCCCUGUCACCGCCGUGGUCGAAUCAGAGAUCUUCUGUCUGCACGGGGGCCUGUCCCCCUCAAUAGACUCACUGGACCACGUGAGGCAGCUCGACCGCAUUCAGGAGGUGCCUCACGAGGGGCCCAUGUGCGACCUGCUCUGGUCCGACCCCGACGACCGCUGCGGCUGGGGCAUCUCACCCCGUGGUGCUGGCUACACGUUCGGCCAGGACAUAUCAGAGCAGUUCAAUCACAACAACGGGCUGAAGCUGGUGGCGAGAGCACAUCAACUAGUGAUGGAGGGAUAUAACUGGGCGCACGAGCAAAAAGUGGUCACUAUUUUCAGUGCACCAAACUACUGCUAUCGAUGCGGCAACAUGGCUGCUAUUCUGGAGGUGGAUGAUGCCAUGGGGCACACCUUCAUUCAGUUUGAACCGGCACCAAGAAGAGGAGAGCCUGAUAUCAGCAGGAGAACACCCGACUACUUCCUUUAA